CGAAAGAAGUUUCCGCCUAGAACGGGAACCGGGUCAAUCGCACGUGGGUGCAUCAUUCGUCGCAGUGAUGGUGGUUGUUGGUUGGUUGUCACCCUCACGAUCCUGUUGCUGUGGUAUAGUGGCAGCCACUUUUGCAGCAAAAUUUACUUUAGCAUGCUGAGCUAGGUUAUCAUCACUUUGAUCUUGGGUGCUCUGCCCCCCCACGCACAUUUUUCUCUUCCUCAUCCUCCUACACUUCUCCCCUUCCUUUUUUUUCCUUUGCGUUUCCCUUCCCAUCCUCUUCCCUUCCUUCCCUACUUAAACCCUUACCGUAUCCCUCUACCGCGAGGGUACGACCGAGAGCAAAAGAUGUUGGCGGCCGGAACCGUUCCCCCAAUAGAAGGGGCGGUAGGCCGGUAUAAUUGUCUGGGGAGGCUGAUCGGGAGUUUCUCUUUUUUUGUAUUAUUCGUGCUCUGCGUAACCCAACUCUUCUCAAUUGCCACAACCAUCGUGAGAGUGAUCUACACCACCAACCUGCAGACCCUCCUCCUCAACUUUCCCCUCUCGAAAUCCGUCUACCCGACAAGUCGAACGCGGGAUAUCCUGCCCAAGCCAAUCCAUAGUCACAACGACUACUGGCGCCGUGUUCCGGCCUACACGGCCAUCAGUUAUGGGUGCAUCUCCAUAGAAGCAGACGUAUGGGAGUACAGCGGCGAGCUCUUCAUAGGCCAUGACGUCGCAAGCCUGACGAGGAACCGGACCUUUAGAAGCCUCUACGUGGAUCCGCUGCGGGAGAUGCUGGACUCGCAGAACCCAGACACGGAAUUCACCCACCCCCGGAAGGGUGACGACGAGGAGCCGGGCGAGCCAGUGGGCGGAAGGAACGGCAUCUGGGACGUCGACCCCGGUCAGACGACGCACUUGUUCGUCGACUUCAAGACCCCCGGUCACAACACCCUGCCCGUCGUUAUCGCGCACCUGGAGGCGCUGCGAACCCCGGUAAACUACCUCACGUACUUUAACGGUACGCACGUCGUGCGCGGACAAAUAACCGUGCACCUCACCGGCGACGCGCCCUUCGACUCCAUCGUCGCGAACUCCACCUACCGCGACUACUUUUACGACGCUCCGCUGCGCGACCUGUCCAAUGGCCGCUACACUCCCAACAAUACCAUCGUCGCAUCGGGGCAGUUCGGGCGGGAUGUUGGCAGUGUCAUAUGGGGACGGGGAAUGACGAAGGAGCAGAAACACAUUGUGCGUGCGCAGAUUGCUGAGGCGCAUAAGAGGGGUAUCAUGGCGCGCUAUUGGGAUACUCCUGGCUGGCCGAUUAGUGUUCGGAACGCGGUCUGGGGUGUGCUCAUGCAGGAGGGGGUGGAUUUGUUGAAUGCGGACGAUUUGAAGGCGGCAUCGUAUCUAGAUUGGUAGGAAAAUGGUAUAAACUGCUGGCAGGAGAGGUAAGCAGGGGAAAGGAAAGC